AUGACCCACCGGGUGAUGAAUGGACCACAACGACUAUAUUCGCAACACAGGGAUGGGAUAGCUGCAGUCCGUUUUGAUGUUCUUGCUCAGGCGUCGCAUUACUGGCCUCUGGGGACUGUGGAAGGAAUCCAUGAAUUCCGGGAUACAAAUGGAGAUAUUGUAGAAGGCAUCGUGAACAAAGGCAUCUGCGUCCCGGAUGCGAAAGGCGUGACGUUUCUCCUUUUCGGGAGCUAUCAGAACUCUUGCAUUAUCAAACCAGAAUACUGUGAACCCGAAGGUGUAACCUUCUCCUUCUUUUGGAAGACUCAAGAGCAACAGACAAAGCCGCCGCCCGCGUACGGCGAUCAAGUGCUUUCCAGCGGAUUUAAAGUCUACUUCAGCAAAAGCAAAGGCUCCGUGGAGUUGUUUAACCGGCAGAUUUCGAAGAAAUGGGAGGCCAGUUUCAUCCCGCCAGGUCUCCACUGGACACAUGUGUUGUUUACCUGGAAAUCUGAAGACGGUUUGAAAGUCUACGUCAACGGGACUUUGAACACCAUGGACCCCAACGGAACACUGUUCUACAGCUACGAUGACUCCAAUUCCAAUAUGCUGAUGGGAUCCGAGGGGGACCAGGCCACCCGUUACAUCAACGGGGCGUUUGAUGAAUUCAUCAUAUGGGAAAGAGUCCUCACCCCAAAGGAGAUUGAGCAGUAUUUUACAGCGGCUGUAGGUGACCACGCUUCGUUUUCUUCGACAGCGCCAUGGGGACGACAGGCUUCAGCGACUUUUCCAAUGCUCUCCGACAAUGCCUACCAGCCCAUCAUAACGAACCUUACAGAAAUGAGAGGACACUUCGACCAACGGGAUGCCAUGCUGGAGUAUCUGGGAAACAUCUCCCAGGCUUUACCCAAAAAAUCUCUCACGGCCGAUGUGGCCUUCAACCUCACUGAGGUUUUCUUUCAACUGGUGGGAAGUAUGUCGAUUUUACUGAACUCCACCUACGAUUCCCAGACAGUGCCAAUCGCCGGAAGUUUAAUUGAAACCAUCGACAGCGUGAUGUUUCACGUCACUCGCAGUUUGGGAGGGAGCCCCUCCACCAUCGCGGUCGAAGGCACAUCAACCACCGCAGAUUAUUCAUUGGUCAAAAUCCCACCACAGCCCCUUAAUGUCCCUGACUACCGUUUCCCUCUGCAAGGGCAAAGUUAUAUUUCCAUUCCUGGGGAAGCUUUCCAGUACAAAGCCUGGAUUACCAUUGUGGGCCUUCUAUACCACACCAUGCAUCGGUACUUUGAUAGAAUCAAACCGACCGACACCAAGAUUCCUGAAGUGGCUGCCUACCCAGACUGUAUGAUCUCAGCCUCCAGCUAUCUCAUCUCCUUGAAGGUUGAGCCCCCACCACUGUUGUCCCAGAAUCUGUCGGGUUCGCCUCUCAUCACCAUCCACCUGAGACACACCCUGACUCCUUUCCAGUACAGGCAAGUACUGAAUGCAAGCAACGAAGUCCAUCUGUACUGUGCUUUUCUAGAUUACAGCAAUGGGAGCGGCGUUUGGUCGAACGAGGGCUGCGUCCGUGAGGGUGGAGAUUUCAACUAUUCCAUCUGCUUGUGUAACCACCUCACCAGCUUUGCCAUCUUGAUGCAGGUUGUCCCACUAAAGGUCACGAAGGGGCACAAGGUGGCGCUGUCCUGCAUCAGUUACAUCGGUUGCUCCCUGUCCAUCUUCUGUCUGAGCAUCACCCUGAUCACGUUCGCCGUUCUCUCCUCUGUCAGCACCAUCCGUAACCAGCGAUACCACAUUCAUGCCAACCUGUCUUUCACCAUCUUAGUGGCUCAACUCCUUCUCCUCAUAAGCUUCCAGUUCAACCCGGGGACGGUGCCCUGCAAGGUCCUGGCUAUUCUCCUCCAUUUCUUCUUCCUGAGUGCUUUCACCUGGAUGCUAGUGGAAGGCUUUCAUCUCUACAGCAUGGUGAUUAAAGUGUUUGGGUCAGAAGAGAGCAAACAUGUGUACUACUAUGCUGUUGGAUGGGGCUGCCCACUAGUGAUCUGUGUCAUUUCCAUCGCUGCCGCUUUGGAAAACUAUGGAGAAGAGGAAAACUGCUGGCUUUCACUGACAAAUGGAGCCAUCUGGGCGUUCGUAGCCCCAGCACUCUUCGUCAUUGUGGUCAACUUCUGCAUCCUCAUAGCAGUGACCAGAGUUAUCUCGAGAAUAAGUGGUGAAAACUACAGGGUGCGUGGAGACGCGAAUGCAUUCAAGUUGACAGCUAAAGCUGUUGCUGUCUUGCUACCCAUCUUGGGAAGCUCAUGGAUCUUCGGUGUUUUGGCUGUCAAUGUCCAUGCGUUGGUGUUUCAGUACAUGUUCGCGAUAUUCAACUCCUUGCAGGGCUUUUUCAUCUUUCUAUUUCACUGUUUGCUGAACUCCGAGGUGAGAGCCGCCUUCAAGCACAAAACCAAAGUGUGGUCGCUCACCAGCAGCUCCGUCCGCAACAUCAAUGUGAAGCCGUUCAACUCGGACAUUAUAACCGGGAACAAGCCAGGAACAACCCCCACCAAGCUUAACACCUGGGACAAAAGCACAAAUUCAGCCAACCGGAUCGAUCUUUCGGCAGUCUGACGUUGGAUCCCGUUGCCCCUCUUCCCUGACGGUCAAGCCGCGGCCUCAGGACUUUUGUCGUGGCCCCUGCCUGUCCGGGAUGUUCUCAGAAUCUGGGCCAGUAGACCACCUUUCCUUCAUACACCAUCUCCUAAAAUUGGAGAAGAAUAACAACACCCUUGCUGUGUUGCAUGGGGUAGCGUUGACUCUUCCCGUUGGCAUUGAUACCCCCUCUUUGGCCAUUCGGGACCACCACGACAUGGCUCAUGACAACUAUACACUGGAUGGGAACCACGCCGGAGACACUUAUUAUGGAGAAACACCUUCCCUUCCCAUUGCAGUGGGGCUGCUGAAGGUUACGCUAGAGGGACACGUCAAGAACGUUGAUCAUGACACAUUUUCUGCAUCACAAACCAAAGAUUUCCUAUGGCAUCAUUAAAGUUGAGCUAAUCUUCUCUA